AUUACUACAAGGCAAGGCAAAGUAGAUUGCUGGAUUUACAAGGAAUGAAAUUCCAAAUGCAGAUCAGAAAUGUGGAGGUAGUUUUUACAGUAAGAAAAAGGAGGAGGGGGUGCUUUUCUGAUUUAGAUUAGGAAAAAUUGCCUGAAAUGGUGGGUUGUGGCUGAUGGUAAGGUGAUUAGAAAUGGUGGGUUUUGCUCAUAAAUUUCAGUUGGAGCUUUUUUAUAAUUGCAGUGCAGACAUGAAGUGGCGGAAGGCCCCAAACCCAUAAAAAAAGCCCACCACUUGUCUAUAAAAAUACAGAAAAAGAGUAAAAGGCAGAGAGAAAACAGAGAAGGGAGGGAGACUGGGGAUUGGGGAGGGACAACAAUGUCAGAUUUGUAGUUUGUUUAGUGUGUUUUUAUUAUCCCCAUGCUAGAUCGCAUAAGAUAGAAAGAAAAAAGAGAAAAGAAAACAAAAGAGAAACAGAGAGAAAGAGAAACUAACCCGGUGGAUCCUCUGUGGAAAAGCAAGCUUCCAAAAACCCUCAGUGAUUCAAUCGGCUGACUCUCCCCUUUUGAUCACUCUGAUCUCAGACCAAACGCUGCCACUUUCUUAACAGUUAUGUGCUUUUACAGCUCAGUCUGUUCCUGGAAGAUGACACAGAAGCAAGGGCCAAACCCAUAAAUCCCAGAUUCAAGAAACUCCAGUAAUUUUGUGUCCAUUGACUGGCCUUUUAGAAAAAAAAAUGGUUAAACCAUGCUGGAAGCCUCACGAUGAUGGUGAUUCAAACGGACGAGUUGAUGGGUUGUUGUGGUCUAAGGAUCUGGGGCAUCAUGUUUAUGGGCAAUUCUCCAUGGCAGUAAUCCAAGCUAAUAAUGUGGUGGAAGAUCAAAGCCAGCUUGAAUCUGGGGCUUUGAGUAUGACCAACCCAGGUCCGCAGGGGACCUUUGUCGGAGUUUAUGACGGCCAUGGCGGAACCGAAGCUUCACGGUUUGUCAACGACAAUCUCUUCAGCAAUCUCAAAAGAUAUGUAUCUUUGCACCAAAACAUAUCAGAAAACGCUAUCAGGAAGGCUUUUGCAGCAACAGAAGAGGAGUUUCUCUCUCUUGUCCAGAAACAGUGGCUUAAUGAACCCAAGAUUGCAUCUGCUGGAUCAUGUUGUUUGGUAGGGAUCAUAUGCAAUGGACAGCUUUAUAUUGCCAACGCAGGCGAUUCUCGAGCAGUGCUUGGGAGAACCGAGAGAGCCACUAGAGAAGUCAUUGCCAUUCAAUUGUCCACAGAACACAAUGCAAGCAUAGAAUCAGUGAGAGAUGAACUACGGAUGGUUCAUCCAGAAGAUCCUCAGAUUGUGAUCCUAAAGCACAAUGUGUGGCGUGUUAAAGGUAUCAUACAGAUUUCAAGAUCCAUAGGUGAUGCAUAUUUAAAAAAGGCAAAGUUCAACAGACCUCCUCUGCCACCUAAAUUUCAACUGCCUGAGCCAUUUUACAAACCAAUCCUCAGUGCAGAACCGUCAAUACUGGUCCACAGACUCCGCCCAGAUGAUCAAUAUCUCAUAUUUGCUUCUGAUGGUCUGUGGGAGCACCUUAGCAACCAGAAGGCUGUUGACAUCGUCAACAGCUAUCCUCGAAAUGGAAUAGCAAGGAGACUUAUCAAGGCUGCACUUCGAGAAGCAGCUAAAAAAAGAGAGAUGAGAUAUUCCGACCUGAAAAAGAUAGAUAGAGGUGUGCGAAGGCAUUUCCACGAUGACAUUUCUGUUGUAGUUGUGUUCUUAGAUCCUCAGUUGAUCAAUGGCAGGCCCUCCCCUUGUUCCUUGUCAAUCAGAGGAGGAGAAGGUCUCCCUACGUCAGCAAACUCCUAGCUGGUAAACUUUGUUAAUGUCUUUAUACCCUUUUCAAUUUCUUGACAAACAAAACUAGAAAAUUCAGGCUUCUUAGAAAGAUCUAUCAAUUUGUAAGAUCUUCUAUUAGCAAGUAAAAUAGAAGAUGACAGGAUGCAAAUGUACAAAGUUCGUAAAUCGUUUCUUGAUGUAACAAAAUGAAACAACGUCCUUCAUCUUUGUAAAUCUUGUUUUUCCAUCAGAAAUAUCAACAUUAUCCCGUUCUUUACCAUCAACA